GUAAUUUGGUUUAAAUCUGUAUUUGUAUGACUUUAUGACGUAUUAGCUCACGUCAUAUUAACGCGUACGUGUUGGCUCCUAUACAGAUCACAAAUUUUAUUUCAAUAUUUCUAGGGUAUCUAUAAUUAGCUUGGUUAGGCACGUAGGGUACCUCAAGCUGUUUCAUCAGACGCAUUAUGGAAGGACAGCAGUAGAGUUGUGAUGUAUAAUAAGCUACUGACAAAUGUACAUUUACUAUUCUACGCCGCCGCCGUUGUACGGAUUUCUACUGCAAGCACAGUUUUAACUGGUAAUGCGACAUCUACUUUCCAAGCCACGAUUACAGAAUGUCUAAACGUUCGUGGUCAAGUGAUCACGAAUCGGAAGUUCGAGCUGCAGUGUUGCCAGUUGUUUUCAAAUCGUUACAAGUUAUACUGGUUCAGAGAGGGAAACUAUUUAACAGAAGCUCUGGAAACACUGAAAACUUGGAGGUGUCCAGAAUUUGAAGAAGACUGCACGCAAAGAAUAUAUGGGUUUACUGAAUUUACACAGAGAGUAUACGACAGGGCAUGUAACCGGACUUUAUUCGAGUCCGCGUGCUUACCAACAGUUUUUAGAGUUUUGUCGGAUGCUGGUGUAAAUGUAACUGAUCAAAACUGGAGACAUGCACUACGUAAUGUACAACUGGAAAUGCACGCGUUACAAUACCCGUGUAUACAAGUCGCACUGUACGAUGCUGUGUCUGCAGCGCGACAAAGCAGUUACGGAUUCUACCACGAAACGGUCCAUCUUCAUACACCGUUUUGCCAUUUCGUGUGGGUUGGUUUCGAUGCGGAGACAACUGUACAACACAGUAUUUUUCCGUGGCUGUUUCUUCGAACAGAAUGUAAAACAAUCGUAUCCAUAUCUAUGGUUAUUCUCCUAAUUCUUUCCCUCCUUGUCAUAAUUGGAAACAUCAGCGUUAUGCUCGUUAUUUAUCAUAGCAAAUCACGCACAAGUCAAGACGUGUAUAAAGCGUCGAUAGCAAUGGCUGAUCUAAUCGUCGGGGUUUUUGUGAUACCAUCUUUCGCGUACAGUGUGAUGAUAAUUCAACUGCUACAUCAAGAAAAUCUCGGUCCCGCUCACCCUGGACUUACAAAUUUCACGGUACCAGAUGUUGAGAAGGGGCGUUACGACUCAGUGCCGCAUUUACCCUACACACGUCCGACUGAUAACAACUACGUAAUCAUAAUUGGUUUCUUCACAAUCCUCGCUUUUCUUUCUUCCAUUUACAGCUUAAUGCUCGCGAGCUUUGAUCGGUUGUCUGUUGUACGAAGACCACUACGUUACGUUCCAGAUGCUGCUAAGUCUUUUGCGAACAAAGCAGUAGCGAUUGAAUGGUUCAUUGCUGUGGUUUUUUCACUCAUUCCCUUCAUGACAACCAGCAUCACAUACGGAAUCAUUGCUUUUGUUUUAGUUGGUUUUUCCGGCGGCACAGAAACUCUCCUUCUUUAUGCGGUGGCUUUGCUUACGCCGUUGUUGUUGAUUUGGGCGUCCUCCAUCGCCACCUGCUGUUACACGUUUAGUCACGCGAGGCAGCGCGGAGCAAAAAACUUUCAAAUGGAGUUAAACCUGACGCGCACGAUAGGUAUAUUGGUUGUCGUAUUCACACUGAGUGUCGUGCCUGCCGUUGUCUCGACACUUUGUUCUUUACUACUGCCUGGAAUUUUGAGGACGCGUCCGGCAACUUUGGACCAAGAAUUAUCCAUCAGUUUAAUAACUUUUGAAUUCCUUAGUGUUGUGGUUCUUACUUGCAACAGUAUGUGGAAUGUGUUUAUCUACAGCGCAAGAAACACGAGCUUUAAAACCGGCCUGGAAUCGCUGUACAGAUCCGCCUUUUCCAAAGUUGGAAUACCGUUUAAAACAAACUCAAUCGAUAGUACAAGCCUUCCGACGUAAAACAUUCAAAAUUCAAAUUACCGUAUACCCUCACUACUACAACAUAGCUUUGUUAUAACUGUUAACUUCCACUUGACUUAUAAUUUAGUGUUGAAAAACAAUGUGUUAUUGAACUUUUUGCACAAUUUUGUUUACGAGAAAACUGCCGCGUCAUUGUUGAUUUAUAUAAAGCGUAAUGGGAGAUGAGGUCGUUUAAUGACGCAAGGGAGCAAAUAAACGUCAUCAGCAUUGGCAGUUUUAAUACCAUUUAAUAUUACGGUAUCUCACGUGAAAUUCCCACUCGGACUUAUUGUGUAGAAAUAUCUAUGUUGGUAUCACAUGAGAAUCUAUUCGUAGCACUUGUGUGCAUGCAUUGAACUUCACCACAUUAAAAUCAUCUUCAAA